UAUCAAAAGAUUGAUCUUAAUCAUUCCAUCAAAGAUGAUAUGCUUCGUGGCUAUACUCUUCCUCAUUUCCAUCAUAAAAGCGUUACUUUCUUCAAAGUAAAAAAAGUUUUGAAAGCCAAAUACAGAUUUUCCUGUCAUUUAAAAAAAAUUGCAACUACCAUUAAAUGUGCACUAAUUUCUGUAAUUACGCAACGGAAUCAUUGAAGCAUUCUUGCUCAUCGAAUGUUAAACCGUGACAUUAUAUGGAGCACAUCCUUUAUGAAAUUUCUAAUUAAAAAUUACACAAGACGCGUUUGAUUAGAAACCCCGCACAGACAAGGUGAUUUUCUUUUGUUUCAUCGUGUGUGCAAGAAGUGGAUCAUAACAACUGCUGUGCAGAAAACCUCAAGGAGUGUGCUAUGAGUUUCAAAUAAUUAGUUACAGAGAACGAACACAGAAAUAAACAUAAUCUUCUCAAGCAAAAUUACGCUUCGUGAAAACUAUACGCUUCUUGAACCCACUGCUAACCUUAAUCCUCCAGACCGAGUGCAAAUAUUUAAUUUUUAUCUUAAGAAGUGUGAAAAGUUUUUAUUUAUUGCAGAUCUAGACAUGGUUAGGGGCACAAGUGGAAGAAUAUGAAGAUCAAAUCAAAAUCUUAAUUAUUUUUAGUUUUUCUUUUUCGUUUUAAAAAUGCGUUCUCCCGAACACAGAAACACCUAUAGCAGAACGGGACAUAAUCAUGAUGAAAUACCUUCACGUAAUAAGACACCAGGAGCUUUUACCAUACUCCCACCCGAUGACGCGGCCCCUCAAGAUCCUCCUAUGGCUCCUCAGCCAUACAGGCUUACUCCAUCCUCCCGAAGACACAAGAACAUGUCUUUCGCUAUUUUGGCCGAGCCCAGCAGCUUGCCCACCUCCCGGAGCCCCAGCCCCACCGGCCGUGUCAGCCCCUUCCGAGGCCGAGGCUUCAACCCCAUCGGCUCUCGGCACGCCUCCCCGGUUCCAUCGCCACCUCCCCAAGAAACCUUCACUCCCCUCCACGACUCCCCCGGCCACUCCAAGAUCCCCCGACUGUCUCGCCGCGGAAGCGCCGCCGCUUUUGGGGAAAAAAUCACCGAUUAUCAAUCGUCUCCCAAUAGGAGAAAAUUGAACGCCCAACUUAGUCAAAGUCUGACCAAUAUUGCACCCAGACGGGUCACCUCACGACCACCGCCGAGCCCGCGCCGGCCUCCGGGAUACUCCAAAACAACCUUCCAGAGGCUUUCCCCCAUCGUAGGUAGUUCACCUGAGCCAAGUCAAUCCCAGUCUUCCCCUAAACUCAACACUAGUAGUCAACAAAAGUUUACAGUGAGCAAGAGUCGCUCUUUUGUAAAUAGACCACCCAGGAAUGCCUCCAAGCCCACUUCAAAGGCUACCAGUAGGGAGCCUAGCCCUAGCAAAAAUCCUGCUUCGCCAACGAGAAUCCCGGUCAAAAACUAUAAAAAUGUGCAAGCAAAAGUUAAUAGUUUUAGUAGAACUAAACCAAAAGUGCCUCCUAAACCCCAAGUGUUGAGCGAGACGGAUUCGGAUAGUGUGGCCAAUAGAAGAAAAGUGGACAGAAAAGAAAGUGUUAGUAGGUUAAGGACAAAUUCUAGAAUCAACCUAAAUCUUAAUAAUAACAAUAAUAACAACAAUAAUAAGACUAAUAAAAACAAUGUGAGUAAAGACACUAACGGUAACCAAAAAAGUAAUAAUAAUAAUAAUAACAACAAUAAUAAAAAUAAUGCAACAAAUAAAAGUGCUGAAUCGAGUAAAGACAAAUCGGAGAAAAAUGAAACAAAAACAACAAACGACAAAGGAAAUAAUAAUAAAAAUAAUAAAAAAGAAGACUCCACAAAGAAGAAUGACGGGAAAGAAGAAACUGUAAAAAAAUCUGAAAGCGUGGUAAAAUUGUCCGAUUUACUCCAACCCUCGACAACUGCUGUAGUCUCAAGUACAACAACCACAGUAACUCAACCUUUGAAAAUCGAAGCCAAAAUUGAAGAAUCUGCAAAAAGUGACAAUAAGACCAUAGCACCCAUGGUCGAUGGUCGAAUUUUGAGUGCAACUAGCGUCUCCCAUGCAAUGAAUAAAAUGAAUGAUACAGUUCUCGACUCUCAAACCCUGAUGAAGGAAUCUGGUCUAACGAAAUUAUCACCGGCUGCUAGCACCAUCAUCGCCAUGUCUAAUGAAGUUAGUAAGCACCAAAAUCCUUUGGAUACGAAAAAUGCCACCACCGCACUACCAAAAGUCGAAGAAGCCACAACCAAGACCGUGGACAGUAUAAAUAGUAAUCACAUGACUUCUACGGGGAUUGUCCCAGCGAGGGUUUUGGAGCAACACGUGCAGAACAACAUGAGUAAAUUGAUAAGUCCGGACCAUAAACUCGGAAAUUCCGUCCAGAAAACGGCAAAUGAUAGGAUAAUCGAAGCACGCACUGUCGUUGCCCAUGAUGUUAAACCCAUCAAGAUAACAGUGAGGGAGAAACCUAUGGAUGUGGAGGUGCAGAGCGGGAAUAUCCGCUUCGACACGUCCAACGGUUUGGGAGAGAGACCGGGUUUACCCCCUCCUCAGCAACCCAACGACUCGCAAGAAUCCCAAGAACCACCUAAAGGCAAUGUAUGCACGCGAUUUCUUUCAACAUGCAAAAAGAAAAUGUCAUGUAAACGGUGCAAGAAACAAAAAGACGAAAACAAAGGAGAUCUUAAGAAAGAUAGUGAAGAAGUCGAAAAGAGGAGUUGCUUCAGUUGCAGAAAGAAGAAACCUGACGUCACCAUCAAUAUUGAGAAUGACGAACCCAAACCUAAAUUUUGGGAAAGAAUGAAAUGUUGCAAAAGAAACAAAGUUGGCGAUACUGGGUGCUUCCCGACAGGGAAACGGAAGGAGAGUUGGGUGGCAGAGAGGAGAGACAGUAUUUUGAGCGAUCCACCAACUGUUAAAAAAUCGCGAUGUUCCGGGUUUUUCAGAAAAAUGUUCUGUUUGGAUAAAUGCCGAAAGAAGACGCCACCCAAAAUUGAAGAAACGCAAGAGAGUAGAAGGGCUUCCAUGAUGAGCAAAAAGAAGAGUUUAACGCCUUCUGUUCCUGUUGAGGAAACUAAAUCAAAAAUUGACGCAAGUUUGGUGGAACACACGUCUCAUAUGAAAGCGGCAAUUCCUGUUCUUCCAGUAUAUUUAGCUUGGUUUUGUCUUGUCAUGAACUGUAUUGCGCCCGGAACAGGAACCGUUUUCAGCGGAAUGUUUUGUUUAUGCAUCGGCAAACCACGCUUUUCCCAGAAAGACGGCCCCAGACCCCGCAUUGGUGCCUUUAUCAUCAACUUGAUCAUUGGUUUCGGACAAUUUUUUACCGUUUUGUUUUGUUUAGUCGGGUGGGGUUGGUCGAUUUGGUGGGGCGUGAUAAUGGUGAAACUUGCCAAAAAAAAUAAAAAAAUUAAAGCCUUAGAAGCAAAUGCGCAAGAAGGGUCCAGACAAGUGCCAGCCGCCAAUCAGAACCAUCGAGAUCCGGAAAGAGGGUCUUGAAGAGCGGCUAAAGACAUAUCACUUCUUCUGGAAGAUUUUUUCUACAAUAUUUUGUACAAGCUUUUCGCACAAAUUACAAAAUUUUCGAUUUAGUCCUUUAGAUGAAUUCCCCAAUUGUUCUUCAUGAAAUUGUUAUCGUUGAAACUCAUUUUUGCAGGUCAAAAAUGUUUUGUAAGAAAUGUAGAUAGGAACAAAAUUAUGCAAGUUAUAAAAACUAACACUAUUUUUUGUAAAAACAAUAAUAUGUAGAAAUGUGUAUUAUACAUUUUAUAGCGCAAGGUGAAGGUUGUUACUUAAUACAUAUUUGGAUAAAGUGUACGAAGCUUUUUUCAAAGUAUUUAAACACUUUAUGAAUAACAAUAACAAUGCAAUAUUAGGUAAGUACAACAAGAACACAAUUACAGAAAUAUUUUUCUACAAAGUUAAAGAAAGUGUUUAAAUACUUUAUGUACACUUUUUAAUAAAGAUUUAUUGUAAAUAAAAGCUGUUUCAUUUAGUCAUUUCACGAAACGCAUUAUGGUGUUAUUGUAUACUUACCAACAAAAAUGUUUUUUUUUUAUUUUCUGAUUGUUUUAUUUUUUAUUGGAUGGCAGGAGAAGAGGUUGGAAAUGGCUGUAAGGAUUAAUCUUACACUUCAAAAACACAUUAAUUUGUAAUUAAUUAAUUUACUUAUUUCAGCGAUGAAA